UUUAUAGUUUGAAAAAGAUUGUUUUUGUAAUUACCGGCUAAACACUUGAACCGAUUAUUAAUAGCCGCGAAAUGACUGCCAAUUUCUGACCACUUGCCUUCGAGUUUUAAUUGGAAACGAAAAUAGUUCCUAAGUGCACAAAACCGAUUCCGGAUUUUAAUUAUAGUCGCAAAGUUACAUCGAUCAUUCGCCGGAAUCCUGCACGGAAUACUCGAAUAUGGCUCUCUCCUUCUUCUCCCUGGUCACUGGUCUUUAUGUCCUGCACUUCUCCAUAGCCCUGAUCCUGGUCAACAAGGAGGUGCCACAAACGCGCGGAAUGCUGUACCCCAGGGAAUCGGAGACGCGGGAGGUGCGAUCUCUGGACGGGAUCUGGAACUUUGUGCGCUCCGACCAGGCGAAUCCCACGCAGGGCGUACGGGAUGAGUGGUAUGCCAAGGAGUUGAGCAAGAUCAGGCCCACAAUCCCCAUGCCGGUGCCCGCGUCCUAUAACGAUAUAACCACGGACAACUUGAGGGAUCACGUGGGCACAGUGUGGUACGACCGCAAGUUCUUUGUGCCCCGAUCCUGGUCAAAGGAUCAGAGAAUAUGGCUGCGAUUUGGCAGUGUUCACUAUGAGGCAUAUGUGUGGAUCAACGGCCAGAAGGUGGUGAAGCAUGAAAUGGGCCACCUCCCCUUCGAAGCGGAGGUCACAGAUCUCCUGAACUAUGGAGCCGAGAAUCGGAUCACCGUGAUGUGCGACAAUGCUCUCAUUCAGACGACAGUGCCGCAGGGCAGGAUUACGGAAGUGCCCAACGAUGGUGGCAUGACCAUUGUGCAGAGCUACACCUUUGACUUCUUUAACUAUGCGGGAAUCCACAGGAGCGUGCAUCUUUACACCACGCCCCGUACUUUUAUCGAGGAGGUUGAGGUCACCACAAACCUCUCAAAGGAUGCCACCGUUGGCGAAGUGUUCUAUAGCGUAAGCGUGAAUGGCAGCGCUGCCAAUGAGGCAGAUAAUGUCCUCCACAUCCAGGCCAAUUUGUACGAUAAGGAAGGCAUUUUGGUGGCGAAUGCCACGUCGGACCAAAAACUAGGCGGCAAGUUGCAAGUGAAGCCAGUGAAGCCCUGGUGGCCCUACCUAAUGCAUUCCGAACCCGGUUAUCUGUACCAGCUGGAGAUCAAACUGCUGGCGACCAACGACGAGCUCCUAGAUGUCUAUCGACUCAAAGUGGGAAUACGCACACUAAGUUGGAACAGCCAGCAGUUUCUGAUCAACGGCAAGCCCGUUUACUUCCGUGGUUUUGGACGACACGAAGAUUCGGAUAUCAGGGGUAAGGGUCUGGACAAUGCACUGAUGGUGCGGGACUUUAACCUGCUCAAGUGGAUUGGAGCGAAUGCGUACCGUACCUCCCAUUAUCCCUACUCCGAGGAGUCCAUGCAGUUUGCGGAUGAGCACGGCAUCAUGAUCAUCGACGAAUGUCCCAGUGUGGAUACAGAAAACUUCAGCCAGGAGCUGCUGGGCAAGCACAAAUCGUCGCUGGAGCAGCUCAUCCAUCGGGAUCGUAAUCAUCCAAGUGUGGUGAUGUGGUCCAUUGCCAAUGAACCACGGACUGGUAGCGUGAGUGCGGACUCGUACUUCGAAUUAGUGGCCAACUUCACACGCUCUCUGGAUAAAACCAGACCCAUCACGGCUGCCAUUGCUGUUCCAAACACCCAGGAUAAGGCGGGCCGCUCUCUGGACAUCAUCAGCUUUAAUCGCUACAAUGCCUGGUACUCAAAUGCCGGACGCCUGGACAUGAUAACCCAGAAUGUGAUCGACGAGGCCAUUGCCUGGAACAAACGCUACAACAAGCCGAUUAUCAUGUCUGAAUAUGGAGCGGAUACCUUGGAGGGUUUGCAUAUGCAACCUGCUUAUGUGUGGUCGGAGGAGUUCCAGACGGAGGUGUUUUCCCGCCAUUUUAAGGCCUUCGAUGAGCUGCGCAAAAAGGGCUGGUUCAUUGGCGAGUUUGUGUGGAACUUUGCGGACUUUAAGACAGCACAAACCUACACCCGCGUGGGAGGCAAUAAAAAGGGUGUUUUCACCCGCGCACGCCAACCCAAAGCGGCAGCCCAUCUCCUCCGCAAAAGAUACUUUGCACUGGGCAGAGAUUUGGACCAAUGCAGCUUCCCGGACGAUGUAUUCACCUACAUCGCCGACCUGAUAUCCUAGUUGAUGCUAGGAUAGGAUGAUGCUGCCCAAAGUAUUCGGCCACUGUAAAUAAGUUUACCGAGAAACACUUUAUCAACGGACUUACAUUUUUGUCCGAUUUCCAUUCCGCUGCAUUGCCCUGUACAAUAUAAAAUGGUUAGCUCUAGUUGAUUGUAUUUUUGUAUGUAUUUGUAUGUUUAAGAGAAUAAAUGAAAGUGCAUUAUUUAUAUUUACCACACAA